UAUUAUAUUAAUGCAGGGUUCAUGUCUUAAUGUAUCUGUUCAAACUCAAUACGUUUGUGAACAAUGACAAAGCCAAUUAUUCUUGAAAGCUGUUUUGACAAGCAUGAGAAGCAGCGAACCUAUGAUCGCCUGGUUUCUAGGGCAGAAAAGAUUCGCGGUGUCAGCAAAGAAGUAAAGAUAAAGACGCUUGAGAAUUAUUGGCCCUAUCCACCCCAUUCUGAAAAGACACACAUUGAUAAGCCAGAUGAAACUGUCAAGGCCCUUCUCACUUGCAAUAAUUCUUUUUGGCAUUCUAAAGUUCGAAGCGUACAAGAGCUGGAAAUUGCUAUGAAUUACAUUCAUGAUGGUCUCAUGUUAGAUGACUGCAUUGACACCCUCGAGAGAUGUGUUUCCAUUUACACACACUGGUUGACCAAGUUGAAAGCAUCUAACUUUAGAUACAACGACAAGGCCUCUCUAUCAACGUCUUAUCAUGGCUUACCAGAGUGGUUCUUUGAACACACUGAAUCUAUAUUUAAAGCUAUGCUAGGGGAUUUGGGGUUGUUGUUCAACAUCUACCCUCAUACUGCCCAUGCAGAAACUAGGCAUGGAGACAGAAUCAUCAUACUUUUCAAGAGCAUAUUUGACACAAUCGCUUUAGUUGGAGACAUCCCCAAAGAUGCUGGAGACGCAUUAAAAAGUGGUGAAUCUAUUGGAGAUGAUAUCAAUAGCAACUUGUGCAGGAAAAGUUUCCCUUGGCUAUGGAGUAAUAUUCUGAAGAUGCUGUUGUACAUAGUGGACCGAUGGUUUUACACAGACGUACAUCCAAACAGUGUUCCCAAAGUUGCUGAACAAGCAAUUAAGCUGCUAAUCAACGCUUUCAUUGUUGCAUCCCACGAGAGUUUUCCAGAGGUUGAGUUGUGGCAGGAGUUUGAGCUGCUUUGCAAAGGAAUCAUUCACAUCGAGACGGUCUGCCGCGAGUGGAAAGCAAUAUGUGAGACCCUGACAGUCCACCACCUAAAGAGAAUGUACGGCAGCCAACAUUGUGGUUCAGAAGCCAGGAACACUUACAUGAUGCACGAGCACAUGAAGUUGCCUUCUAUAAUCUCCAUGAUGGAAUAUGAGAAUCUCCUGCAAUGUUGGGCACGAUUUAUCGUGCUGUUAGGUAACCCAGCAGAGUUGAUGAACACCAACUCUCCAGUAAGGUGGUACCGAGUUGAGAGCAGCUGUAAUAGCGCUGGUAAAUACAAGAAUAAAAACGUUAUUGAAAAGAGAGAAUUCUUGGUUGAGCAAGCCCGGCCUGCCUACCCAGCAGUCUGUCUGAAGAUGAUACAAGGAAUAAGCUGCAUGGUAAACACCAUGCUCAAAGUAGGACUCCCCCACAACACUGAAUACGACGGAGACAGACCAGAAAGUCCGGACAAACUUGCCGCAUCACAAGCUCUCAUGUUCAACAAAAGGCCUAUAUACGAGCAAUACGCCUCCCCCGCGCACAGCGCACCUUCUAAACUAAACACCAGACAACACCGGGACGUUCCCCUGGACAGUAAACUCAUACCCACUGGUAAUAGUGUGCUGCGUCUGUUUGGAGAGUGGCUGUUUGACUGUACCGCUAUUAUUGGGACUAUUGAUCACAAUCACCAGUUCUAUGGAGCUAGCGCUGAGGCGUUGGGUACACUGUGCUACAUCUUCUCUCAUAAUCGGAAUAAUGAUCCCUUUGAAGAGACGUACAUGAUAAGGUUCGUUAUCAGACUGAUGCAGGGACUGAAGUGCGGGAAGAGGCAGCUCGAGAGAGAUAAACACGUUAAAGAUAAAACUAAUGAUAUUCUUGUUAAGAUACUACAGCAGUCUGGGUCACUUUUUAAAGUGGAUCUCCCUGGAAUCAACGCUCUCGUGUCCAGUUACAUCAGUAUGAUAGAACUAGUGCUGGGUAACCACGUGAACGAUUUCUCAGCUAAGGAGCUAAGAAGGGAUGCUAUAGAGAUCUUACUGUCUAUAAUCUGUUUACCUUUACGUUAUCCAACUAUCACACUAGAGGACCUAGAAGGGGACAGUAAGCUCUACAGCGCAUCAGCACAACUAAAGACAAUGGGAGAGUUAUGGUCUAAAUGUGUGGAGAUUAUGAUUGUGGCUUUGGAGAACUCUAUUCAGGAAGAUGAUCUGGUAAACAAAUCACAGAUAAUGAAAGGGCUUUACAUCCUACUACUUGACAAGAGGCACCACUACCCUGGUUACUCAGAAGAAGAGUACUCGAACCAGACCUCACCCGUCACCAAGUACAGCAGGGAAGCUGAUGACGUGGAAUGCACUCUAGAGAACAAAGCCAACAGUAACCAUAGUAUAGUGGAGGAUCUCAAUGAUAACCUUCAGAGGGUCUGGAUGAAGAUGAUUGAGUUGAUUUGUGAGAUAUUGGAUAAAACUAGCGAACAGGACAUCAAGUUUUGGUAUGUUCCAUUUGGAAUUCUCUGUGGACUGGCAAAUACCUUCCCGUACAAUAUGAGGAUACAGAGUGGCUAUCAACUUAUCAUCAGCAACCUAUGUAAGUAUAUAGAGUGCCUGACUAACAAGCCGAGUACAUUGCACAGAGAGGAGUUACACACAAUGUUAGCAGCUGCUUACAACUGUCUCACUGUCUGGUGUCUCAACUACACUGAGCUCUUCACUGACGGUCCUAGUCUCCUCAAGUGUCUCCAGGUAAUAGAGUCCGGUAUAUCAAGUAGAUGCUCUUACAACCACGUCUCCCACGAGAAAGUACUGAAAGAAGACAAGAAGAAACUACCCAUAUCUAAGCGAGUGGGAGAUAAAGCACAGUUCCUCUUAAAACAACUUCAUAAUCACAACCCGCUCAGAGAUCAGCUAAACCAGCAGCACCAUUUGUCAGAACGGCAACUUUUGGAGCAUUGGUCCAAGCUGUACCCCGGACACGAGGCGAGAUUACAGUAUUUGGUUAUUGAGAGUGACACAAUUCUCUGUCUCAUCAACCCUCCUCCUGGACUUGCAGCUGAGCUAGGUACGGACACCUCCAAUAAAACCCCGGUCCUCUACAUCGUGUUGAGAGAUCCUGAUGUUAGUCUGUCAGUCCACUGGUUAAAGUAUGAGAAAGACCCUCUCACUGACAAAUCCUCUCCUCGACAAAAGGUGUGCCGUCCGAAGGUUCCAGAGAACACUAGCAGAAACCAGCCUGAAGUUAGGGAGUGUACUAUUGGCUGGCCGGAUAUCCUGCAUAGGAACUACGUGCACUUGAAGGAAGAUACUAGUACAUUUGAAGACGUCCAGGAGAGACUUAAAGAGACAGCUUGUCCGCAAAAGGGAGAGUUUUGUGAUACCAGGGAGUUUGUACGGGAGGAACAGCUCACCCAGGAAAUAAAAAGAGAAAGUGAGCGAACACGUGACCUCUCAGACCCGCCUCCUCCCCCGGACUUACAAAUACCGCAAUGUGUGUCUAACAUUGACAGUGCGCGCUUGUUCCUCGCGCACUCUGGUAUUCUCACUCCCAAGAUGUUUGAUGAUUCUGAUCAGUCUCCUUCAGUAGUUCUCCUCAAAAACAGUCCAGCACUACAAGCGAGACUAAAGGAACUGGACGACAUUCCUACACGUGACUGCCACACGGUGGUAGUGCUACUAAUGAGGACUGGACAGAACAGUGUAAAGGAGAUUCUGCGAAACACUAACCUCCUCAGUGCCAACAAGGCGUACCAUGACUUUGUUGUGGAAUUGGGGGAUAAGUUGGUCGACGUGAGUAAAUUUGAAGGCUGGACGGGACUGCAACCAUUUGAGAACUGGAGCAACAAGAACAUAGACACCCCUGCUCCUACCUUCCCCUACUACUCAGACAGCUUUAACGAGAUGAUCUUCCUCCUUCCUAACCUAAUACCUACACAGGGCGAUCUGGAUAGCCCGUGUAGUCCUGAUCUGGAGCCCCAGCCCCUGUUUGAGCAGGAGUUCAGUGAGGCUAGUGUACCGUUAUCUGGUGCGCGGUCUUAUUAUCAGCGGGAUUUGUUAGAGAAUAUUCUCUGGGAGGUCCCUGUGGAUAGUGGCAAAGAAAAAUCAGUUCUGAGUAAGAUUGUUGUGGUUUGGGCUGAAUCUUUUGACGACACACGACGCUUCCUGAUCAACAACCUUGCCCUGGGUCUCGACUGUGACAAGGAUUCUCGUUGUGUGGUAAUCUUCAUACACCCCUUACAAAGUGGGCUGUUUAAAACGAGCGUGAGAAGUCUGAACAAGAACGAUAAGUUUAACACAGUAGGGCUGGUUGACGAGAAGGAGAAGGUGGUGAGUAAGGAGAUUCUGGGGAUUGUGAUCAGGGAGACGUGUCUGGCUAUUCGUACUUCCAGUCUGUUGGAGCAGUCUCCCAGACUCCGUCCACGGUCUAGGAGACUCAAUCAUAUAACUGAUAGAAUAAUACACGAACACAGGUCAAAUGACACGGAGAAUGGGUAUUAUAAUGCUUUUUGUAAGGAACACUAACACUAGCACACAGAUUGGGGAAUGUGCGGAAUGUGAAGCGUUAUGAGACUAAACUCAGUGAUUUUUACUUGAUCCUACAAUUUUAUUUUAUUUAGUUGUAAGAUUUAUUUCUUUGAAAGUUUGAACUUUAUUUUCUUUCUUUUCGUCUUUGUGGCACCUACACUUCUGUUGUAGCGCAUGGCUGGAAUUCCCAAAAUUUUUCACUUCACCACUUAUACUCAAUCAAACAUUGUGUGACCAAUAUCACAAUACCCAUCAAUCAUCAUUAUAUUGUAUUCUAUCGUUAUUUCAUACAAAGCUAUCAAAUUGUUUUUGAGAUUGAUAUUUUUCAAAUGAUAUUUAAAAAACGAUCAAAAUAAUAUUAAACUUGAUCCUUAUCAUUCUUAUAAUUCUUUUUAUUUCUUUAUGAAAUAUUUCGAAUUCUUAAGUAGACAAUUGACUUGCUGAAAAAUCGAUUGAUUGAUUUUAGCGGGAUUUUUACGAGAUUGAUUGAAGCUAAACUAUCUAAUAAUAUGAUAAUUUAGUGUGUUUUAUAGCACACAGUCAGAUAUUGGGAUGGUGCAGCUAAACAUAAAAUACGUUAAAUUUCGUAAUACUGAAACUAGGAAUAUAAUAAUAACACAAUAACCAAUAACCAUGGAUUGUAUCUGUUUUUAUUUAUUAUUUUAUAUUAUUUGUUGAAAAGUUUUGUUUGACUAAUGGCACUAUUAUAUAAUGAUGAUAACAUUUGCUGACAGUGCUAUAUUAAAAGUGAAACUUGAUCAUGAGAAGCACUUUAUGAAACAUCAUCGG